AUGGGAGCUCUGCAUUUUAGGCUGGUGAAGUUGAAUAGAAGUUUCUUAGUGUGCUUAUGGCUAUUUGGGUUUAUCUCGCUAUCCUCCGCAGCGAGGUAUGGCGAUUCAAGGCAGAAGCUUGAAGUGAAGAAGCACUUAAAUAGGCUUAACAAACCUGCUGUUAAGAGCAUUCAGAGCCCAGAUGGAGAUAUAAUCGACUGUGUUCCUAUCUCAAAGCAGCCAGCUUUUGACCACCCAUUCCUUAAAGACCACAAGAUUCAGAUGAGGCCUAGUUACCACCCUGAAGGGCUCUUUGAUGACAGUAAUAAGGUAUCUGCAAAACCAAAGGGGAAAGAAGCUCACAUCCCUCAGCUGUGGCACCGUUAUGGCAAAUGCUCUGAAGGAACCAUUCCUAUGAGGAGGACAAAAGAGGAUGAUGUGCUGAGAGCAAGUUCUGUUAAAAGAUACGGCAAGAAGAAACAUAGAACUAUUCCUCUUCCUAAAUCUGCUGAACCUGACCUCAUCAACCAAAAUGGUCAUCAGCACGCCAUAGCUUAUGUGGAAGGAGACAAGUAUUACGGAGCUAAGGCAACUUUAAAUGUGUGGGAGCCAAAGAUACAGCACACAAACGAAUUCAGCUUGUCGCAGAUAUGGCUGUUGGGUGGUUCCUUUGGACAAGAUCUUAACAGCAUUGAAGCUGGUUGGCAGGUGAGCCCGGAUCUAUAUGGAGACAAUAAUACAAGGCUCUUCACUUACUGGACUAGUGAUGCCUAUCAAGCUACUGGUUGCUACAAUCAUCUUUGCUCAGGCUUCAUUCAAAUCAACAGUGACAUUGCAAUGGGAGCAAGCAUCUCACCAGUCUCUGGUUAUCGUAAUUCCCAAUACGAUAUCAGUAUUCUAAUCUGGAAGGAUCCAAAGGAGGGACAUUGGUGGAUGCAAUUUGGGAAUGGGUUAGUUAUAGGGUAUUGGCCAUCGUUUCUCUUCUCUUACCUAACAGAGAGUGCAUCGAUGAUCGAAUGGGGAGGAGAGGUUGUGGACUCGCAGUCAGAUGGGCACCACACUUGGACUCAGAUGGGAAGUGGUCACUUCCCGGAAGAAGGUUUCAGCAAAGCAAGUUACUUUAGGAACAUUCAAGUAGUUGAUGAAUCUAACAACCUCAAGGCACCAAAAAGACUUGGCACUUUCACCGAGAAGUCUAACUGUUAUGAUGUUCAAACGGGAAGCAAUGAUGAUUGGGGACAUUACUUUUAUUACGGUGGUCCUGGUAAGAACAAGAACUGCCCAUAA